AGUUUGAAACUGUUUAACAAGUGUUAUUUUGCUGAUUCCAUAUACAUGGUGUACCUCCAUAACCUAUUGUUUAGAGAGCACAUUCAUCUUAGUUUAAUGAAUAGCAAUAAGGCAAUUCAUCUAACGACUAACAGCUUGAGGUGCUGUUGUUAAGACUAUAACAUUAAAUAUUUUAAUUAGUGCAAGAUAAGUUUUGGGGGUUUAAAUUAGAGCACUCCUAAAAUUAUUAACACUAAGUUCCAUCCCAAUAGCAUUCAACAUAAUUUUUUAAACAGUUAGACUAUGUAUUCAAAUUUUUGCAUGGUACAGGUUCACAUAUUUUUUUGCUUGAAUUCCAUUAGCAUUAUUCAGUAUUGUAAUUACUUCCACAUGAAUAUUCAUGAAAUUAUGAACAUUCACAUUAAUUAGUGAUUUAAAUAGUCAAUUA